GCUAGUUUAAGGUAACAUCAGGUAUGCAAAAAUAGUAAUAUAAUGGAUUAAAGAUAAAAAAAACUACAAGUAGUGAAAUGAAGAGCAGAAAAAGUAGAGAAACUAAGGUGAAAAUGGCAGAGAUUGGAGGAAGAAUGGGAGGCAAAGAAUGUGAGUAGCUGUGCCCUUUUUGGUGGUGGUGGGUUUGAUGAUCAUCAUGCACGCCGGCAGCUUUUUUAUUUUCUCUCUCCUCUAACACUCCCCCCCCCCCCCAUUUCGCACGCCUGCUCCCACUCACCCCCUUUUUUUUUUUUUUUUUAAUUUCUUCCCUAUAUUAUUAUUAUUUUAGUUUAUUUAUUUGGAAAUUAAUUAAAUGAAUUUUUUUUAAAGCUAGCUAGCUAAUCCACCUUAACAUAUGGAAAUUUUGUCAAUCUUUUUCACUUUUUUUUUUUUUAAUGUCAGACUGAUGAAUUCCCACUACUCCAUUUCUUAACAGCUGUUCCACCUCUUCUCUUCACUCAGUUUUAACAGAUUUACCUGUCUAACAAUAUAUUUACAUGAAAAUAGUUAAAUAUUUGAAAAUUUGUGUUUAAGCUUUAAUAACUGAAACUUACUAAUUAUAGUAAAAAUAACAAGAUACUUGAUUUUAAAUAAACAUGCUUCAUGGUUAAUGAGAGAUUCUAUGUGAAUAAUGUGAUUCUAUACCAAGUACAACCUCACUUAUUUUUCUAUUUGAAAAAAAAAAAAAUCUUAGACGUAACUAUUUGAUAGUCUUAAAUAUUCAACAUAUCAAGAAUCUAUACGUUAAUAUGUUCAGAUAAGUAAAAUUCAGGUAAAGAUCGAACACGUUCAGUCUUACCUCAACCUAUAGCAAAUAUAAAUUAAUAAUAAAUCAUUAAACAAAUACAAUAAACAAAAUUAAAAACAAUACGGAGUACCCUUUAGGCAUUAGGCCUUUACAUUCCCAUACUCUUCAUCGAUUAGACCAAAAGCAAAAAAGAGAUUAAAAAAAAAAUAGAGAUUCUCUUUUCCCAUUUCUCACAAAAUACCCUUUAUAUUCUCUCUCUUACUAUACUAAAUACUAAUGAUGUUGAAUGAGCUAAAAUCCAACAUCAAGAUACUCCUUUAUUUCAAAAAAGUAAAAAAACAAUUUUCUUUAUUUUUUUGUUAGAAUUAAUUUCCUAUCCACUCAGUUAAAAAGCCACCACAACACCCCAUAUUCUCUUCUGACGAUUUACACACUCACAAUAACUUGUACGAGUAGUUUUGUUUCAAUCUAAGCUAAGUUGUGUUUUAGAAGUGGGUGAGUGCGUUGAUUUUUCAUUUUUAUUAUUUUUAACCCAUUUGUUUUUAUCACCUCAUCAUAUCAUACCAUAUUAUUCAUCAUCAUCAAAUUACAUACUUGAUGGUUGGGUUAAAAUGGAUACUUUGUUUAGACUAGUCAGUUUCCAACAAACACACCCACAACCACAACAACAACAAUUAUCUUCUGAUAAUCAAUCUUCUUUCAAUAAUUCCAAUUCUAGUUCUUCCUCUAUUAUCUCUUCCAAACAUUCUACCCAUAAUAGUAACAACUAUUACCAUUUUCAUCAACAACACUAUCCUCAAGACGAAGAAUGCUUCAACUUUUUCAUGGAUGAAGAAGACUUCUCUUCUUCCUCUUCACACAAUAAACAACAACCUCAACCUCAACCUCAUACAUCAUCCUCGCCUUUUUAUCCUUCUUAUCCUUAUCAGCAGCAGCAACAUCAUCAUCAUCAGUAUCAUCAUCCUUCCGCUUCGCCUUCCACCACUACCACCACCACCUCCACCCCCACCACCACCAACACCCCUCCAACCACCCAUGGCGGUGGUACUACAACAACAACCCUUAACCUAGAGUUGUUAUCCGACCCAUCUUUUUACGUAGGUAAAUGGGCUAAUAACCUUCUACUGGAGGCAGCUCGAGCGGUGUCAGACUCUGACACCGCUCGACUCCACCAAAUACUAUGGAUGCUAAACGAACUCGGGUCCCCAUACGGGGACGUCGAGCAGAAGUUAGCAUCCUACUUCACACAAGCUCUUUUUACUCGAAUGACCGACUCUGGCGAUCGAUGCUACAACAACAUGAGAGUUGCCGCGGAUAAAUCAUUCUCGUUCGAAACAAAUCGAAAAAUGCUACUUAAGUUCCAAGAAGUUAGUCCUUGGACUACAUUCGGACACGUGGCGAGUAACGGUGCAUUGAUUGAUGCCCUAGAUGGUGAACCUAAACUCCAUAUCAUAGACAUUAGUAACACUUUUUGUACUCAAUGGCCGACUCUUCUAGAAGCUCUUGCCACACGUAUGGAUGACACGCCUCACUUGAAGCUAACCACCGUGCUCGAUAGCAACGAUGUCGGAGUACAACGUGUGAUGAAAGAAAUAGGUGUUCGAUUAGAGAAGUUUGCUAGAUUAAUGGGGGUACCCUUUAAGUUUAAGGUUAUUCAUCAUGUAGGUGAUUUGUCAACUUUAGAUUUUUCUGAUCUUGAUGUUAAGGAGGACGAGGCUUUAGCGAUAAACCUCGUAAACUCGUUACAUACGUUGAGUUUACGCCGCCGUGAUGGGUUGUUGUCGGCGUUUAAGGGGCUGAAUCCGAGGGUGGUUACGGUGGUUGAAGAGGAGGCGGAUUUUGCGGCGGAAGAAGAGGGGUUUGUACGAGGUUUUUCGGAGUGUUUAAGGUGGUUUAGGGUUUACUUUGAGGCGUUAGAGGAGAGUUUUGGUAGGACGAGUAAUGAGAAGUUGAUGUUGGAACGGGCAGCGGGCAGGGCGCUUGUGGAUUUGUUGGCUUGCCCGGAGGACACGUCAGCGGAGAGGAGAGAGAAUGCCACUAGGUGGACAGGGAGGAUGCGCGGGGUAGGGUUUGGACACGUGGCGUAUAGUGAGGAGGUUUGUGAUGAUGUAAGGGCUUUGCUUAGGAGGUAUAAAGAAGGGUGGUCGAUGGCACAGUGCUCGUCGUUGGCGUCUCCGACUGCCGGAAUAUUCUUGAAUUGGAGGGAUCAACCCGUCGUGUGGGCCAGUGCAUGGAAACCUUAGUUGUAGCUGGCACGUGCGAUCGUGCAGUUUGAAGCACGCUCGCACGUGCUUGCAAUUCUAUGUUUGUCAUGAGGUUUAUGGGUGUGAGAUUUUUAUUUAUUUUUAUUUUUUUUGUUAAAGAAGUAGGAAGUUUUUUUUUUAAAAAAAGGCAUAUUGAGAUAUUAUCGAUCAAAUUAGGUUGCAAUUUGGAUUUUGGAUAGGGUUUGACAUUGCAAAAUGGAUGAUCAUGAUCAUAACAUCUUUAAUUUGGGUCAUGGAUUUUAUUUUCUUUGGAUUUGGUUACUUUUAAUAUCAAUUUGAUCACGCUUAAUUGUGAUUAAUUUUUUUUCAAUAGAAUUUGUCUAAUAAUUUUACAGUCA